GGAGGCCAGCUGCUCGCCAGUGUGUGUGUGUGUGUGCAGAGCCGAGCAGAGGAGCAGAGGAGCGUAGUGUGUGUGAGCGCUAGAAGGAGAGCGAGACACAGAGAGAGAGAAAGAGAGAGAGGGAGGGAGUGAGAGAGAGAGAAAGAGGGACAGACAGCACAGGAGGACUAUUAGCGACGCCUGUGCUGUGCUGAGCUGAGCUGAGCUGUGGCUACACUGUGACUGUGGCUGUGACUGUGACUGUGACUGCGAGCUCCUCCAGUCUCCUCUCUGCUCUGCUCACCGUUCUGUAGUACUGAGCCGUGCUGUGGUGAGCUGUGCUGAAGCGUCCUGCCUAACUGGCUGGCUGGCUGGCUGGUUGGCUGCUGCCGCUGUCAGUGUUUCUGCUACGGAGGAGCUUCUAAGCUCCACUCCGCUCUGUGCCGCUCAGCUCUCCCGCUCCGCUCUCCGGCUCCUCUCCGGUGUGGUGACAGGGCUCUAUUGCCCCCCCGCCCCCUCCUCCUCCAAUCCCCCCCCCACCACCACCACCACCACCCCCCACCCCACCCUGCAUGGACAGGAAUCUGGCACUUCAGCUCAAUGAUGUAUUUUGUGAUUUCAGCUAUGAAAGCUCAAAUUGAAAUUAUUCCUUGCAAGAUCUGCGGAGACAAGUCAUCAGGCAUUCAUUAUGGGGUGAUAACAUGCGAAGGCUGCAAGGGUUUCUUCCGCCGGAGUCAGCAGAGCAACGCGGCGUACUCGUGUCCCCGCCAGAAGAACUGCCUGAUCGACCGCACCAGCCGCAACCGCUGCCAGCACUGCCGGCUGCAGAAGUGCCUGGCUGUCGGCAUGUCACGGGACGCGGUGAAGUUCGGCCGGAUGUCCAAGAAGCAGCGUGACAGCCUGUAUGCGGAGGUCCAGAAGCACCGGCUGCAGCAGCAGCAGCGCGAGCACCAGCAGCAGCCGGGGGAGGCGGAGCCUCUGACGCCCACCUACGGGGGCCUGGCGGCCAAUGGCCUCACCGAGCUGCACGACGAGCUGGGCGGCUACAUGGACGGACACACCACCGACGGGGCCAAGCCCGACUCGGCCGUCAGCAGCUUCUACCUGGACAUACAGCCGUCGCCCGACCAGUCCGGCCUGGACAUCAACGGCAUCAAGCCAGAGCCCAUCUGUGACUUCACGCCCGGAUCCGGCUUCUUCCCCUACUGCUCCUUCACCAAUGGAGACGCCUCACCCACCGUCUCCAUGGCAGAACUAGAACACCUGGCCCAGAACAUCUCCAAGUCCCACAUGGAGACCUGUCAGUACCUGAGGGAGGAGCUCCAGCAGAUGACCUGGCAGACCUUCCUGCAGGAGGAGACAGAGAGCUACCAGAGCAAGCCGCGGGAGGUGAUGUGGCAGCUGUGUGCCAUUAAGAUCACGGAGGCCAUCCAGUACGUGGUGGAGUUUGCCAAGCGCAUCGACGGCUUCAUGGAGCUCUGUCAGAAUGACCAGAUCGUGCUGCUCAAAGCAGGCUCUCUGGAGGUUGUGUUUGUGCGAAUGUGCCGUGCCUUUGACUCCCAGAGCAACACAGUCUACUUCGACGGGAAGUACGCCGGCCCAGACGUAUUCAAGUCACUGGGCUGUGAUGACCUGAUCAGCUCCGUGUUUGAGUUUGGGAAGAACUUGUGUUCUAUGCACCUGUCCGAGGACGAGAUCGCCCUCUUCUCCGCAUUCGUCUUGAUGUCAGCAGACCGGUCCUGGCUUCAGGAGAAGAUGAAGGUGGAGAAGCUGCAGCAGAAGAUCCAGCUGGCACUGCAGCACGUCCUGCAGAAGAACCACCGAGAGGACGGCAUCCUUACUAAGUUGAUAUGCAAAGUGUCGACGCUCCGCGCGCUCUGCAGCAGGCAUACAGAGAAGCUGACGGCGUUCAAAGCAAUAUACCCAGACAUUGUGCGCGCCCACUUCCCCCCCUUAUACAAGGAGCUCUUCGGCUCGGACUUUGAGCAGGCCAUGCCCGUGGACGGGUAGCUGGCAUGAGGGUGCCUGAGACCCGAUAUCCGCUGCCCAACGACCCCCCCACCU